AUGGCAUCCUCCUAUGGCUUAAAAAAGGGCUCAGGCCAGGAGCAUGCGCCAGCCUUGGUGGAAGACCUUGGUUUCUCUUCUGAUACUACAAUCGAGGAGCAAAACGACGACGAUAUGCUUUGGACCGUUGAGGAUGUCCUCGCGGAGAUGCCCAUGGAGGAACAUGGAGAACCCCAUUAUUUGAUUCUGUGGACCGGUUUUCCUCUCCACGAGGCAAGUUGGGAGCCGAAGGAGCAUCUUGAGCCGGACACCCUGAAGGCAUGGGCCGAGAAUAAAGCAGCCGUUGAGAAAGGGGAGAAGGAGCCCUUUGAUGUCGAAUCAUGGUUCAAUUCCAAGGUUCAAUACCUCAAAGAAAGGAUUGGCCGAGCCGAACUAAGGAACGCCAGACGUAUUGCUUUGGGUCGACCCCUGACACCAACGCUUCAGGAGCUGCAGCGACAGCUCAAAGAGGUAGCUACUCAGGGAGACAUCGAUGUCACCGACUUUGAAACGGAUGGGCUUCUGAGCGAUAGCGAUGAUAGCUAUAGCGACGAGAUAGAUGAGAGAAUUCUGUCUCGACCUCGCCCGGUUGCCGAAAAGGAUCCCGAGAAGGCAGCUUUGCCCCCCAAAGGUCGCGUAAAGCCUGAUAGUCCUAACACCCCAGAUGCGCCUCCCGGAACUAGCCAACGUGAGGAUCCUUCGAGACUUAUUCAAUCUAGUGGAGCGGACGGCGCGCCUCAAAGCCGUCCGAAGGCACCACAUCGAGAUUCCGGCUCAACGAAGCAGGCCCCGGCUCCUGGGAAGCAAGAAGCUCUCCUUCGCCGGUCCGUGAGUAAAGUGAGUGGAUCCUCCGCCACGACUACUCGGGCAAAUGUAGCAACGCCCGCUCGAGUUAGAAGCCUCUUGCCAUCCGGCCAUCCAAGCAAGAAUUCCAGGAUAGUUUCUGGUGCAUCCGGGCCCACGAGCCGCAACCCUGCGGCACCACAGCAAACCCCUUCCUCAUCCCAAGGAUCGUCGAGACUCGCUGCCAGAAGAACCACGGUCGCUAAGGGCUCACUCGGGGCUGGUGCGAACAUCUUCGUGACUGGCAUUGUUCGGAAACAAAGACGGCGCCUUAAGGAUGCGCUCGUCGAUCCGACCAAAGGCCAAAAGCACUUCACUAAAAUGCGUAUCCAGAAUAUUGCGUUCAAAAGGAUUCGUGACGGGUCGGACCGUGCUCCCGAUAAUUUACCUAGUGGCCUGUUUCGCAUCACUGAUACGGCGCAGCACUCUAAGUCUAUCCAGAAGCCGGAAUCAGAGAGUGAGUCUAGGGAGUCCGGGAGGAAAAGUGCGAGUAAAUCAACCCACGAAUCAGCGGAAAGUGCAGAUGGUGGCCCGGAACCGAGAAAGAAACAAAAGAAGAAAUCGGUUCGAUUCGCCGAGAUCGAAUCCGUCGCUCAUGGCCCCAGCGAGCCUAUAAUGGAUGCUCCUUAUACUGCGGAGCCUGCGGGUAUGGACGACGAGGAGGCUGUAUUUAUUCCCAGGAACAGCCCUCCCCCGCCUGUACACCAGACAACCCGGAUCACAAAAAUGAUUUCCAUUGGCGGGAGUGGCUUGGACGAGCUCGAGGUACUGUUUGACGGCAUUCCUGACAUGCCGGCCGAGGACUGGUAUGUUCACCUCACUGGUGGAGGUCCUAUUCACUUCACCCAUUUUCUCACGCCACAAGAUCUUGCGGCCCAGAUGCCAGACUUGAUUGGGGCGAACCUGGCUUCCGGUUGUGUCACAACGGAGAAAGCCUCCAAUGCACUCAAAACACUAUCAAAGCAACUAGAGACUGGCUCACGUGGUGUGGUUUGUGAGUACGAGAAGUACAUUAUCAUCCUUUAUCCGAAUGGAUGUGACAUGUGGAAGGACCCCAUAUUCAAAGCCUCCUCCAAUACCACACCUGAGUGCCUAAUUCGUCACUUGAUGUAUGCCAAGCGGGUGGAAGGAGACCAGAUGCUUUCUCUAGGUGGUGAUGUCUCUGAAGCCUUGGCUGAGAAUGACGAUUCUGUCAGUGGGCAUGCAGUUUUCGAGCACAUCCUUGGCCGCGAAUACUCUUCAUUGCUGCCGACAGCAAUGAAGAACACGGAGACUGAAAAGGUCGAGGAGAAAACGGAUGGAAAGGAAACAGAAAAAUCUGCGAAACCGAAUGCCGUAGGCCAGGGAAGCAUUGAGAAAGCACAGCAUGCCUUCUUUUUGGUCGCGUCGCCAACGGAGGACAAUAUUCUUCGGGAGUUGUCAAUUUGUCUGAAGCUUCGCGACCCUGACAGCAGGAUCUACCUGUCCUCAGUUCCCGGAGCCUGGAAAGCGAUGUGCCGGAGCACUAGUGUCGGCACCAUAAUUUUCCAUGAGCCUAGCAUGUACAUAGUACGUCGCAUGCCGGGAAUCUGGGAUAUGCUUCGUCGGGGUGAUCAUUGCUUCACUUUCUGGUCCUUUUCUGGGACCAUGCUACUUCGCCCAGGUCCUAACCCUACCGACAGCACCAAACCCGGUAUGGUGGCAACAGGUGCCGGCGCGACGCUAAGUCGUAUCUUCCCUGGGGGCAGGGCAAUCUUAGUGACACCGAGUUUCCUUCUAACCCAACCACGCCGAGCAUAUGAACUUCUGAAAUGGUACACCACCAAGGUUCUCGGCCGCCAGUCUCGCUUCACCAAACUCGUCCUAGCGAGCGACGCCGAGCAAUAUGUUCGUGACAUCGCAAGCCAAAGGGCGCUUCAAAGUGCAGAGACCUCGGGUGUUGUACCAAUCUUUGAGGGUAAAUUGGACGAGAAUUGCGCCGUCUGGUUCAAGCUCUUGGAGAAACUCGGUCAUCUUGUUUCCGAGGCGACAGAUGAGGCUGGUCUCAUGGAUGAGUGUCUUUCCCCGGUUAUCUUUGCGCCGGAAUCCAUUGUCUCAAACGACGAGCAGAGCCUCGUGGAUUGGUUUGCGUGGUGGUCGGUCACCGUCGCUGAAGAAUAUCGCCGAUUUGUCGUCAUUGGUACCAAUGAAGAGGACAUUCAAGGCGAGAAUGGGUGCAAAAUGAUGGCUCGUUUCCCAAACUACAGACUGGACUUGGUUCUUGACUCGAGCUGGCCCGAUGACUUGGCAAUGGAGUCGAACGCGGACGCCACCGCGAGGGUGUUACAAAAGUCUUUUCCUUUCCCGAGCCGACUACUGAAAACCGAUUCAAGUCAAUCUAUUACGGAUUAUGUUGAGGGGCUGAUUAGGCGUGGUUCCAGCUUCUUAAUCAUGUACAAGUUCCCUGUGGGCUUCCACGAUUCAUGCUUGGACUAUUCUGGGUCACGCGGCGCGAAACAUUAUACCUUCACCGCGUGGUUUGAUUAUCUACGACCAUUCGAUCCUUCCGGACGAAAAUGUGUAUACGGUGGAUUGUUUUAUACCGCUGUGAGGGGAUGGGAUACCGUCAGAUCAGGGCAACGUCCCACCGAGUUCCUGCCGCAGCUUCCGUGGCUUGCAUUUUACCGGCCUAGUAACCCGCAUAAGUUUGUUUCAGGGGAGAAGAUUGAUGGGAGCGAUGAGGUUGACCUCAUCAUCUGGGAUUUCUUCGCCAUCGUCAGGUUCCCGCUUGGACAACAGCCGACAGAGAAUGCUCUCUCUGACGCCCAGCAGGAUCUUAUCCGGUUCGUCAGGCAAGAAACAUCGAGGAAGAAUGCGGGCUCGAGACUCGGAGCCGUCUGGUUGGGAGGGUUUCCACUUGAUCCGCUCAUUGAUGCCGAUCUCCACCCCAUGGACGCGACGUUGGAGUUUCUUGGUAGCGUGUUAACCAACUUAAAGAAAGAGGUUCCUGCUACGUCACAACAACUGGAGCGGUCUGGCUACAGACGGGUAAUUCUGGACGUGGAAUCUCCUGCAUCCUGGGCCUCAACUGAGGAAGAAAAGCCCCCCCAAGGUCAUCCGGCUAUCGUAUUCCCUCCACCACCGGGAGACCGAACUGGCGACCCAUCUCCAUAUAACAACAACAUCCUCUAUGGAGCUGCCUCCGAGGCUAGGAAGCGCGGCUUCACUCAGGAUGACACUAUUGAUCGGGUCGUCAAUGAGUCUAGUGCACUUGUUCUCCGUCCCGAAAUUGGGGAGCCGUCCUCGUAUUGGCGCAAACGCCCGAAUUACCCUAAUCUCGAGGCUCCUCAGAGUUUCCCUGUUGGUGGAAGCUCUGGCGCGGGAACUAGUCCUCAACACCGAAGGGGAAGUGCCCAACAAACCGGAGAAGCGAUUGCGCAGAAGGCUGGACAGAAACGCUGGGUGGGUAACGAAGAGGAGAACCACCCAUGGAAGAAGAAGAGAUCGAACCCGAAGAAAUCUGAAGAGAGCCGACAGAAAGAACAGAAUGGCAAGGCCGCCAACCGCGGUCCACGAAACGAUGACCAGCCGACGGUCGAGUUACCUUCGCGCCGCGGCCCACAAGUCCACCCGACCCGCGUACCCCUGCUGGACUCGUAUCGGCCCCACCAUAGCAAGAAACGAGCGCAGGACCCUCUUGGAGGCGUGAAAGGCGACGAUGCAGAACAAGGACGCCAAGCAAGGAGAUCCGAGAUGUUGCGAUAUGAGGAGGUUUUAGGUGCCACGACACAAGACGUUGUUUUGUAUGAUUACGAGCCCGACAUGGGGUCCUAG